AUGCCUACCAACGUCGAGACCCCUAUCAUCGUCGGCGUCGGUGAUUUUGUGAACCGGUCACUUGCUCUGGAUGAUGCCCAUGAACCGCUGACGUUGAUUCUCAAGGCCAUUGAGAUUGCGCUUGACGACACAAAGCUAUCCUCGACAUCACGGCAGAAACUACAGUCUGCCAUUGACAGCAUUGAUGUGGUCAGGACAUGGACAUGGCCGUACGAUGAUUUGCCCGGUCUGAUUGGUCAAAACCUGGGUGUCAAUGCGAAGCACCGCUUCUACAGUGAUCACGGUGGAAACAAACCUGCAAAAUUACUAGACGAGGCUGCAAGACGUAUCUCCAGGGGCAAAUCAAAAGUCGCUAUAGUCACAGGAGGUGAAGCUUUGGCUUCGCUAACGGCAUGUGCCAAGGCUGGAAAGAUGCCCCCUCCUGGCUGGUCCAAAGUUCAUGAGGAUGUUACAAAGGUGUUUUCCGCGACCGGAAGAGAUCUAGGCCAGACUGUUGGUGGUAUUCACUCCAUCGGCGACCCGAUACAGAUAUACCCGCUUUAUGAGAAUGGGUUCCGCGCCCAUCGCGGCCAGACUAUCGCUCACAACAACGAAGAAUCAGCUCAAUUAUAUGCCGACUUUGCCGAAGUGGCAGAAAAGCAGCCGUAUUCUUGGAAUUUUGGUUCCAAGAAGUCCAAAAGCGAUAUUGGCACUGUUACCAAGCAGAAUCGACUCAUCUGUUUUCCCUAUCCUUUGCUGAUGAACGCAUUCAACACGGUCAACCUGGCUGGUGCGGCCAUCUUAACCUCGACCUCAUUUGCAUAUGAGCUCGGAAUCCCACAGGAGCAAUGGAUUUACACGCUUGGAGGUGCUGGAACCCGUGACAACGAUAAUUUUUGGGAGCGACCAAAUUUCCAUUCCUGUCCAUCAAUUGAACGCUCACUCGAUGCCGCGUUGGCAGUCACAGGCCUUUCAGCUGCAGACAUUGAUUUGUUCGAUUUUUAUUCAUGUUUCCCAAUCGUCCCAAAACUUGCUGCCCACCAUCUCAAGCUACCAAUAACAGGGGGCAGGAAGGCAUUGACUCUUUUGGGGGGUUUGACUAGUUUUGGAGGCGCGGGCAACAAUUAUUCCAUGCAUGCCAUUACGGAGAUGACACGACAGCUUCGCACAGGCAAAGGUCGAAAUGGCUUGAUUCUUGCCAAUGGUGGAUUCCUGUCGUACCAACAUGUCAUUUGCCUUUCAACCAUGCGAGGUCGUGACGGAGCUCCAUACCCUGAAAAGGAAAUUCUACCAGAGUUUAUUACUGAUAUUCCCGCUCCUCCGAUAACUGCCACGGUCGAGGGUGAACAGGACGCGACGAUCGAGACAUAUACUGUGGAAUUCAAACGAGAUAAUACUCCCCUCCGUGGGUAUGUGGUGGGUCGGUUGAAUAAUGGCCACAGAUUCCUUGCCAACCAUGGAGAUGAGGAUACGUUGAAGCAGCUGUCCACAUGGUCGGGAGAGAAAGUUGGGCUUUCCGGUAAAGUGAAGAGUGAUGGCAAGAGAAAUCUCUUUGUCCUAUCCAAGCAUUUAGCAGGCAGAUUGUAGAGUGUAGGGCUACAUGUCAGUACCACUGGGAGCAGGGCAAACGUAACCAUGGUAAAAGCGGUUCACUACCUAGAAUGAUCGUUUCGACAUUGCGUAUGUCUAUUCGGGGAUGGUCGCCAAAGCAAGUCAAUAACGUGGUCAAGAACAUGUAGGAACAAAUCUGGAAUUCCA